AUGCCGGACGGCGAGGAACGGGAGGUCAGCUCUCAGUCGAGCUCAACAUACAAGAUCAAGCGCACAUGGGAUCACUACUACUGCACAUGCCCCGCCUGGCGCAACCAGGGUGGCGCACCCACGAACGCCCGCACAUGCAAACACCUCAAAGCCCUCCUCGGAGAAGCCUACGAACUCGCCCGGCUCAAGUACAAGAACCCUCACGGCCAGCUCCCUGCCCCAACUGCGUCCAAGUCUAAGGGCAAGAAGCGCAAGAAGGCCGCGGACGACGACGAAGAGAACGACGCUGACGACGACAAGCCAUCGAGCAAGCGAUCCAAACCUGUAUCAAACAAGCCCCAGAAACCCUUCACUGAGGUACCACUCGCGAACAAGUGGGACCUGGACGACGGCUUGGACCCCACUGGUUGGUGGAUGUCCGAGAAACUCGAUGGCGUCCGAGUCUACUACGACGGCGAGCGCAUGUGGAGCCGCCUCGGAAACCUCUUCACGCCCCCGCAGUGGUUCCUCGACAAACUCCCCAAGAACGUCCACCUCGACGGCGAGCUCUUCGGCGGGCGCGGCACCUUCCAAUCCACCGUCUCCAUCGUCAAGACCAUCAACUCCCCCCACUGGAAGAACAUCACCUUUCAGGUCUUCGACAUCCCCUCCCUCGCCUCCCAGCCCUUCGAGGCCCGCCUGGACGCGCUCAAGAAGCUCGUCGGCAAGCGCGGCGGCUCUCACCGCUCCCGCCAGGUUAACCUCGUUUGGCAGGAGAAAGUCCGCGACCGCCAGCACGUCCUUGACCACCUCAAACAUAUCGAGGAGCUCGGCGGCGAGGGGGUUAUGCUAAGGAAGCCUGAGUCUGAGUACGAGUUCAGGCGCUCAGGAACGUUGCUCAAAGUCAAGACGUUCCACGACGCCGAAGCCAUCGUCACCGGGUACGUUCCCGGGAAAGGCAAGCACACAGGUGCGACGGGCGCUCUCAAAUGCAAGAUGGCGUGCGGGAAGACCUUCAACGUCGGGACUGGCAUGAGCGACAAGCAACGGGCCAAACCACCCAAAGUCGGCUCCAUCAUUACCUACCGCUUCCAGGAGCUCACCAAGGACGGUGUCCCUCGCUUUCCAUCGUUCGUCGGGGAGGCGAUAGAUAAAACAGGAGCCAACGAUGCGCCUGUUGCGGCCAUAGCGAAGAGAAAGACGAAUUCACUGGCAUAG